UUUCAAAAAAAAAAAAAAAAGGAGUACUUCAUAACCUUUGGUAUUCAUGAUUCGCUUUUCUCCAAUCAAUGACUUUUAUAUUAUACGAUAUAGCCGAAAGAUAUGCCGAAAGUUACCCUAUGAUUUUCAUUUAUAUUUUUUCUUCCUUUCCUUUGGUGAAAGAGGGAUGAUUAUCUUUUUCUUUUUUACGUGUCAGUAUCUGUUUCGAUUUGGUUUUGAUUCAACUUCGGCAUUUGAAUUCCUAUUUUUUUUUUUUUUUGUGAAAAAAAAAGAGACGCAUUUCUCACUGUUCUUUUCUUGGUCUUAUUGUUAUUUCAUUAAUGCCUCCUACACAACCACCUAGUGUACGCAAUGAAUUCAUUCAAUGGUAUAAUGAUAUACCUCCAAUCACAAGAACCAUGUUGACAAUGACUUCGGUGUUUAGCUUAAAUGCUAUAUUCCAAUUUGUUCGGUCUGAUAGACUUUAUCUCAUCUGGCCCUUGAUACUCCGGAAGUGGGAGCUUUGGCGUUUAGUGACCAACUUUUUUACAUGCCAUGUCGAUUUAACAUUCAUAUUCAAUCUUUACUUUAUGUAUACCUAUAGUGUCAAGUUGGAAACCGAAGUUUUUCAAGGUCAACCUGCUGACUAUGUCUAUUUCCUUCUUUUCAAUAGUGCUAUACAAUUACUAUUGGACAACUACUUUCAAAAAGUGUUUACUCUUAGUAGGGCAGUUGUACCAUCCAUUAUGUAUCUUUGGUCAAAACACAAUGCAGAUCAAGAAGUUAGUUUUAUGUUUGGUUUUCGAUUCAAGGCUAUUUUCUUACCAUGGGUAGUAGCUGCAUAUGAAUAUAUUGGUACUAGUGGAAUAAUUCCUUAUGCUACACUCUAUGGUAUAGCAUCAUCACAUCUUUAUUAUUAUUUUAAAACUGUGUAUCCAAGGACGGGAGGACGACAAUAUUUAACUACUCCUGGAUUUUUACAACGAUGGUUCCCUCCAACUAUUGGUAGUUAUCGAUCUUCUGGUGUAGGAUAUGUAUGGACAAAUAAUCAACAACGACAACGAACACAAGAACGAACUAAUAUCAUGGGUGGACAUAAUUGGGGACGAGGACAUAGACUUACAUGAUCCAAUUCUUUUUGAUAGUAAAAAUAUAUAGUUUAUCUUUUUUUUUUAUAUUCUUAUUUUAUUUUGUGAAAUAAAACCAGGUAUAUAUAUAUAAUAAUUGAAA